AUGAUGCGAUUAAUUGAUCGACUAUUUUCUUUUUUUUCGCAUACGUUUAAUAUAACAGUUAUUGUUCUUUUACACAUCCUUGUUUAUAAUAUGCUAUUAAUGGUCCAUAUUCUUUUGGAUACGAACAAGUGUCAUCAAAGUAAAUUUCGGUCUGAAAUAAAUGUGCAGGCAAAUCUAUUGUUAAUGCAUACUUCUCUGCUACUGAUGGAUUUAAUGUCAAUGUAUUGCAAUCAUCUCCAGAAAAAUAAGUUAAAUUGUUUUUGUUGUUGCACUGAUUUCAAAUCGGCCAAAUAUAUUGGUUUGAAAUUUGAUACAUUUCCCUAUUUCGGCUCCUAA